AUGCCUGCUCCUAGCACUAGCAAUUCCCCAAAAACCCUUUACGACAAGGUCUUUGAAGACCACAUUGUCCACAGCGAUGGCAACAACACCUUCCUCAUCUACAUUGACCGCCACCUGGUCCACGAGGUUACCUCGCCUCAAGCCUUUGAAGGCCUGAAAAACGCCGGCCGAAAGGUUAGAAGAACCGACUGCACUCUCGCCACUGUCGAUCACAAUAUUCCCACCACCUCCAGAAAGAACUUUAAGAGUACGGCCACUUUCAUUGAGGAAGACGACUCGCGCCUUCAGGUCGUCACCCUCGAGCAAAACGUCAAGGACUUUGAUGUCAGAUACUUUGGCAUGAUGGACAACAGACAAGGUAUUGUCCACGUUGUCGGCCCUGAGCAAGGUUUCACUCUCCCAGGUACUACCGUAGUCUGCGGUGACUCCCACACUUCCACCCACGGUGCCUUUGGCGCCCUCGCCUUUGGUAUCGGCACCUCCGAGGUUGAGCACGUCCUUGCUACACAGACCCUUAUCCAAACAAAGUCCAAGAAUAUGCUCAUCAAUGUCUCCGGCAAGCUGAAACCUGGCAUCACUUCCAAGGAUCUUGUCCUUCACAUUAUCGGCCACAUUGGUACCGCCGGUGGUACUGGUAUGGUUAUCGAGUUUGCUGGUGAAGCCAUUCGUGCCCUUUCCAUGGAAGCCCGUAUGUCCAUGUGUAACAUGGCCAUUGAGGGUGGUGCCCGUGCCGGUAUGGUUGCUCCUGAUGAGACCACUUUCAAGUACAUCAAGGGUAGACCCUUGGCCCCCUCUGACGACGAGUGGGAAAAGGCAGUUUCCUAUUGGAAGACCCUCCACACUGACGAAGGUGCCCAUUUCGAUGCUGUUGUCGAGAUUGAUGCCGAAAACAUUAUCCCCACCGUUACUUGGGGUACCUCUCCUCAGGAUGCCCUCCCUAUCUCUGGCAAGGUUCCUGACCCUGCUGACUACUCCGAUCCCAUCCGCAAGGCUGGCGUUCAACGUGCUCUCGAAUACAUGGGCCUUACCGCCAACACUCCUCUGAAUGAGAUUAAGAUUGACAAGGUCUUUAUCGGAUCCUGCACCAACUCCCGUAUCGAGGAUCUUAGACUGGCUGCCAGCAUUGUUAAGGGCAAGAAGAAGGCUGAUUCUGUCUCUCGUGCUCUUGUCGUUCCUGGCUCUGGUCUUGUAAAGACCCAGGCUGAGGCUGAAGGUCUCGACAAGAUUUUCCUCGACGCUGGUUUUGAGUGGAGAGAGGCUGGUUGCUCCAUGUGCUUGGGUAUGAACCCUGAUAUCCUUUCCCCCCAUGAGAGAUGUGCUUCUACCUCCAACAGAAACUUUGAGGGUCGCCAGGGUGCCUUGAGUAGAACCCACUUGGUUUCUCCUGCCAUGGCUGCCAUUGCUGGUAUCACUGGCCACCUCACUGACGUUCGCGAGUACCUUCCCCAGGCCGAUGCCACUAUCACCAUUGAAGUUGAUAAUGACACUGACUACAAUGCCCAGGAGAAGGAGCCCCUGCGUCCCGAUGAGAUUGAAAUCACUGAGGAUGCUCCUGCCCAGUCUGCUGGUGCCGCUGAGGAGACUGAUGUCCAGACUCCUGCCAAGCCUGCCUCUUCCACUGGUAUCCCCAUCUUCAAUGUCGAGACUGGUAUUGCUUGCCCUCUGGCCAAGGCCAAUGUCGACACUGACGCCAUUAUCCCUAAGCAGUUCCUCAAGACCAUUAAGCGUACUGGUCUUUCCAAGGGUCUGUUUUACGAGCUGAGAUUUGCCAAGAACCCCACCACUGGCGAGAUGGAAAAGACUCAAUUUUCUCUCAACGUUGCUCCUUGGGAUAAGACCAAGAUCCUCGUUGUUUCCGGUGAUAACUUUGGCUGUGGUUCUUCUAGAGAACACGCUCCAUGGGCUCUUGCUGACUUUGGCAUCCGCUGCAUCAUUGCUCCCUCGUUUGGUGACAUUUUCUACAACAACUCUUUCAAGAAUGGUCUUCUGCUGAUUAGACUGCCUGCUGAGGUUAUCAAGGAGAAGCUUCUCCCCAUUGCCGAGAAGGGUGGUCAGCUCAGCGUCGAUCUGCCCAACACCAAGGUUCUUUCUGCUGACGGUGAGGUUUUGGUUGACCACUUUGAUGUUGAUGACUUCCGCAAGAACUGCUUGGUUAACGGUCUUGACGACAUUGGUAUUACUCUCCAGAAGGAGUCUUUCAUCCAGGCUUACGAGAACAUCCGCAAGGAUAAGUUCAGUUUCCUUGAGAGCGGUAACAAUGCUGUUGUCAAUCCUGUCAAGGGUGUUAAGAAGAGCCCCUUUGGUGUUACUGCCCAGGAGUGGUAA